UUGAGGCUAGAGCUGGCCUGGGGUCUGGUUUUCUUUUGGGGGGUGGGCCCCCAGGAUCCUGAAUCUGCCUGUGGCUGUGCCUUGGACUGGAAUCCUGGGAUAAGUGUGUGUCCCACCCUCGGAGAUGCCAUGGCCCAGGUCCCCGAUGACCUCAUCUUCAGCCUUCCCACUCCCCCUGGCAAGCGCUUCCAGCUCUGGGCCCUAGGGCUCUUCUGCACCGAGCACCACUUGGCCAGGCGCCUCCGGAACAACAGCUGCUACCCGUUCACGCAGCAGCAGCCCAACGUCUUCGUGCUCGAGUACUAUCUGGACACGCUGUGGAAGGGGGCGCUGCUCUUCCUCGUCUGCCUCGUCCUCAUCAUCUCCGGCCUCGUGAGCCAGGUGCGGAAUCAGGAGACGUGGGGCUUCCCCGCGUACGGCAUGGGCGUGGGGCUGUGGCUCAUGGUCUCGUCGCUGCCGCGGCGCCGCCUGGUGCUGAACCACAUGCUCGGCACCUACCACUUCUCCAUCCAGGGCCGCAGCGUGUGCCAGGGCCCCAUCCACCUGGUCUACGUGCGCCUGGCGCUCAGCUCUGACGCCCGCGGAAGGUGCUUCUUCCAGCUGGUUCUGUGCGGCCACAAGCUGGAGCCGCUCAUCCUCGUGCAGCUGUCGGAGCGCUACGAGCAAAUGGAAUUCCUGGGCCGGCACAUCGCCCGGCAGCUCAACAUUAACUACUUCGACUUCCCGACCACCUCCUACCGGCACGUGGUCCGCCACUGGCCGCUGGGGGUCACCUUAAGCCCACGCGGCGAGCUGCAAAGCUUACACCCCCACAGGGGCACUCAGUUAAAACUGGACGUGUGACGCUCCACCUCCUGCACCGCCAACAUGCCCCCUCCCCUCCCACCCUCCACCCCCACUCUCCUCCCCUACUCUCAAUAAAGCUGCC